AAGGAUCAUCUUAUGGUAAUGGUAGAAUUUUAUUUGAUCAGGUACAUUUGAAUGCAUCACAUAAUCAGUUCACAGUUCCACGUGUCCAAAAGGAGUAAUACUACCCCUCCAUCUACUACUUUUACAGUCUGGAACGGUUACAUUUCAUCACUUCCUGCAUUUCAGAUAUUAUAUGUGCAUUUUUUAAUUUUAUUUUUUAAACAGUGUUUAAAAAAAUAGUAUAUGGUUCAUAAGUGCAUAAGUAUAUAAGUAUAAGGUGAUGUAACCACAUAGUCCCACCUUACAUGUGGACUAAGGCAUGCUUACACAAUGUUGUUGCAAAAAACACUUAAAACACUAAUGUGCAAUUUAAAAAUGUAGACGUACUUUUGACAUUUCAAAACUUUAAAAACAUUUUAAAUCUAAAAUGUAGAUUGCAUGUGGAAGGGCCAAAAACAGCUUGCACAUUGCCUAUUAGUCAAAGUAUGUUAACUAGCACAUUGUGUGCCGCUUGAUCAAAAGGGUUGCUUUGUAGUUUCCCGUGGAUGUGUUAAUAUAAGAACAUUCAAUUGUAUAAUAGCUCGUGACGUCCUCCACAAUUGACCACCCUGGUUUGAAGUGGCGAGGAUGUAUGAAUCCAGUAAGAAUCAGCAAAGACUUUGAUGCUGUCUUGAGUGAGCCAAGCUGAGCUCCUCUCUCACUUUUGACGACGUCUGCGCCUCUGAGACUUUUCACAGCCGCAGCCGAGCACCGACUUUCGGGGGCGAAAAAGUUAUCUCUCCUGGCUUGUGCCGUGCCCAUAUUAAACAAAAACAGUUUCAGAAAUGAGCCAAAGUAGACACACAUUUUGGUCAAUUAGGGACAAACUAACCACGGGCGACGAUGUGCGCCCGAAUAGUAUGCCGACAAAAACUGAGGAAAGUGACUUUUUGAGCAAGAACGCCCCAGGAGACGAGAUGGAUGUAUCCGAUGUUCACGCACCGUGCGACACUGACAAAGGUUGCCGUCAUCCAGCCCUUCGCAAGGAGUCGCGCCGCGUGGGCGACACUCGCACCGUCCCCGCCUCCGCCACCAUCUCGGAGACAGCCCGGGAGCUCUGCAAGGCCGUGUCCGUGUCUCUGGGACUGCACCAGGACUCCACCGGUGACACGGACCGUGCCCCAAACGAGCAAAUGUCAGCCGAGUGUUCAGUUCCGCCAGACGCCGUCAAGUACAUGCGCUCGCUCGCUCAACAGGAGCGCAAGCAGACGGCGUUACCAUCACGCCGGACCUCUUCGGACUUUAGUGACGCGUCUGACUUAACUCCUAAAGAGGUAGACCAUCUGUGUUCGCCGAGUACUCCACAGUGUACUUACACGCCGACCGCGACGCUACACAUGGAGCACUUUCACCGCGUAGUGGAGCGGCCAAGUCGACCCUACAAGCACCGGGAAGUCCCACCAGACUUUGGCGAGGACGCGACUGGGUACCAAGUGGAGCCAUACGGUGUCACAAUCAAGUCAGAGGAGGUUAAUGGCGAAGCCGGUGAGGGGCAGUGGGUCACGACCUACACCCCCCAUGAGAGGUACAACUCUCCGAUAUGGGGGCCGAGGCAGUGCGUUGCUACGCCGCAGACGAGUGGAACGAGUACGGCCUUCAUUCGUGAUCCGUACGAAAGGAGCAGCGGGCGCCUGGAGCAGUGGUACACCGAGGGAGGGAUGCUGAUGCCGCUUUACCACAACCCGAGCCACAUCAAGAAGGAGGUGGGGGAAUGGCUGAAUGUCGCCUACAAAGACUCCAGGUUUGAGACUGGCAGUGAGCACAUGUUCCCCAUGGAGUUCUUCUUCCCACCACAGAGAACAUGCCUAAUCUGCUCGGACGAGGCAUCCGGCUGCCAUUAUGGCGCACUCACCUGCGGUAGCUGCAAGGUUUUCUUCAAAAGGGCAGCAGAAGGCAAGCAGAAAUACUUGUGUGCCAGCAAGAACGACUGCACCAUUGAUAAACUAAGGAGAAAAAACUGUCCAUCUUGUCGGCUGAAGAAGUGCUUUGAAGCUGGGAUGACUCUAGGAGCACGUAAGCUAAAGAAGACUGGACAACCAAAACCCCCCCAAGAGGAUCGUCCCGUUCAGGAUUCACCUGAGGUUGUCCAGGACAUCUCCCCCAAAUUGAGUCUGAACUUUAACUCCCACGUGGUCUUCCGUAAUAUUCUGGAGUCCAUUGAGCCUGAGGUGGUGAACGCGGGCCACGAUUACGGCCAGCCAGACUCAGCGGUCACUCUGCUCACCAGCCUCAAUGAGCUUGGAGAAAGACAACUGGUCCACGUGGUCAAGUGGGCUAAACGACUACCAGGUUUUAGGAAUCUCCAUGUGGAUGACCAAAUGACUGUCAUCCAACAUUCGUGGAUGGGCGUGAUGGUGUUCGCCUUGGCUUGGCGAUCGUAUAAGACAGUCAACGGCAGGAUGCUGUACUUCGCGCCCGAUCUCGUCUUCAACGAGCAUCGGAUGCACAUCUCCACCAUGUACGAGCACUGCAUUCGCAUGAAGCAGCUGUCGCAGGAUUUUGAGUUGUUGCAGAUAACACAGGAGGAGUUCCUCUGCAUGAAGGCCCUGCUCCUCUUCAGCAUUCUUCCAGUUGAGGGUCUGAAGAGCCAGCAGUGCUUUGACGAGCUGCGCCUCACCUACAUCAACGAACUCAACCGCCUGGUGAAUUAUCGCAUCACAACCAAUUGUUCUCAGAGGUUCUACCAACUCACCAGGCUGCUGGACUCCCUCCAAAUGACCAUAAAGAAGCUGCAUCAGUUCACCUUUGACUUGUUUGUCCAAGCUCAGUCGCUCCACAGCAAGGUGAGCUUCCCAGAGAUGAUUGGAGAGAUCAUCUCCGUGCAUGUACCAAAGAUGCUGGCGGGUUUGGCCAAACCCAUCAUGUUUCACGAGUAGAACGACUCCUUUCUUGUUUUGGUUCCAUCAACAAUGCUUUGUACGGUUUUCCUCCAUUCUUUAGUUCGUAGCAUCAAUGGUGGUCUCUCCUUUUUUGGGUCUGUUUACUGAGUUUUGUGUUUGUCAGCCUGAGCUGAAAUACUUCUGUGAAAACACACACGCGGUCUGUAAAUCAUCAUCACACCUGAAGUAGGAAAACUUGUUUUGAUGCUCAGCAGACACUUUAACAAGUACACCGCUCAAUCUAAAGCGCUGUAAGGAAUGGCAUGGAAUUCUACCCCACUCACACUCGGAAUGUCAUGUCAGCUACAGAGUCAUUCUACCCCACUCACACCACAAAAGCACAUAUAUUGCUCAUGAAUAUGAGCAUUAUUAGAUACAGCUCUUGUAUCGGUCCUAAAUGUACCUAAUGAGGUGUCUGGUAAGGGUACGUACGGAAUUUAGUGUCUUUUCAAAUGCAAAUGGAUGUUUUUCCCCCCAAUUAGAAAAGUGCUUGUGUUGCUUGACAAACCAAGUCGCCACUUGGCAAGUGAUGUUAGAUGUGCCUUCCCACAACCAACCUUUUUAGUGGCUCACAUCACUCGUUUGAUGCCUUCAUGUAAAGACUUGGUUAGGAAGCCCAACCGUGUCCCCCACAGGGCACCGUCUUUAGGAAGCCCAACCGUGUCCCCCACAGGGCACCGCCAGAGAGACAAAUGCCUUUUCCAGGUCCAUAUGGACCAGAUGGGAAAAUCCCCAGGCACCCUUCACUAGUACAGUGUUCCACAACCAGGAUGGGAAUCACUUUGCACCUCCUGUCACCAAGGUUGAACGAAUAAAUACUAGUGGUAUACUAGUGGUAUACUAGUGGUACUAUACUAGUGGUACUCUCCUCCCAAGCACUCUGGAAUGAACCUUCCCAGGAGGCUGAGGGGUGUGGCCCUUGGGCAGUGCCCUUGCAUGAUAUUGUUACUCACACGUGUUAGCAUCAUGUCGUAGCAGGUACUUUAGCUUGUGUGUUCACACUUGGCCACUUUUGUACGUCAAAAGUUGGCCAACCGCUUUAUUAUGUACAUCUGCACGAUGUACAACCUGAAUGUAAUAUCGCCGAAACUAAGCACAGAGAUGUUGCCUUCAACGAGAUAAUGCUGCAAACUACAACCACAACAAUAAACAUUGUUUGAUAGCUACAUAGCAUUAUUAUCUUGGCAAAGGCAGCUUUGCACCGGAUUUCAUUCUGCAUUAAAUCAUGUUCCCAUCCAAUUUGAAUGGAUGUAAAACACAAGAAUAAGUUGUAGUCAGCGCCAUUUGAGGGCUGUGCUGUCAGGAAGACACCAACCUCUUUGAGAGGAGAUGCUGGUUGAUGCCAGAUCUCCUAUUAGAUGCCAGAUCUCCUAUUAGAUGAGGGUACAAACGGUCCAGCAGGACGACAAAUACGAAAAAUGAUGGCCAACUCCGAAGUGGAAGCGUGUCGGAUGACAGGAUGAGAGAAGGCCUUGGUGGCGCCAAGGAAGAAUCGAUGUUAUCGAGUCCAGAUAACAAAUCAGCAAGUCACAAUUUAGCCAACUGUGCAACCUUCAAAGUUGACGAGCCUAAAAGUUGAAAAAGAAACAAAAAAAUGUGUGAUGCCAUGCCAGACUGUUUUUGGAAUUUUGCCCAUCGUCCCCAAUCCUGAUGUGAAACCUGACCACACGUGUUCUCUUAUGGGAACAGAUUUUAAAAUACAAAACCAAUGAAAUUGUUUAUUCAGCUAGCAUGAAGAACUAUAUUUCUGGUGUAGUGACACAGCGCCUCACGCCACGACCAAGCGGUAGCGAGCCCACUCCAAAACAAUGCAAUAAGACGCCAAUCUGUACUAACUAGGAAACAAGAAGAAGCAUAUGAACAGUCAACAUGUCUACAGAUAGACAACCAAAUGUUCUGUAACGUGGUAGCCCAGAUUCCAUGUUUUGGUUCUACUCAGCUGGACUGCGUUGUAAUAUAAUGUGCUAUCUUCCUUUCCAUCCACGGUAACCGCCGUCUACGCCGCUCAGAAACACAGAAAUACGUAUUUUUGUAAAGCUACCGUAGAAUUGGAAAUGGAAAGGUGUAUUCAUGUCUGGGCUGCUCAGUACAAUAUGGAUAAGUCAACAUGCCUAAAUGUUAAAUGAGCAGAAUGGAUGGUGAUGGCAUGCCAUAAUACGCCAAUCCGACAGUCAAACCUCGGUUUUCGUACACCCCAAUUUUUGUUGGAACUUUUUAGCCUUGGUUUUUCCUACACUGUCUCCAUUUUUGGUAUCAUGUUAUUGCGCAACACCAAGUGCCCAAACUGUUGCAGUCGCAGACUCACUAUCUGUCAUUGUUUUGUAAUAAUAAUAAUAAUAAUAAUAAUAAUAAUAACCCACCACGGGCCCAAAGCUGCAUGUGCCAGCAAGACAAGGACAACGAUAUUGAAUUCCAUUUCAACAGCAUGUACAGGAAGUCACAAAAAUACCUUGGUUUUCGUAGGUUUUGGUUUUCAUUGAUCAUUUUGGAAGGAAUUAAUCAUGGAAACCGCUUCAUAUUGAAAUAUAGAGGCUGCAGUUUUGACCCUGGAACAGAUGAUUUGAAGUGUAUUGUAGAACAGAGUCAAUGACUGAAGAAUUGUGUCAACUUCAGGUUCCAUGUGUUCAUCCAGUAUCCGGCUGACUUUUUUACACCAACCACACAUUUCCAAAGUCCAAGUUUAUACAUGACAAUAUUUUUGUCUGACAACUUAGCAUUUUCUAUGAAAGCUUGCCGGCGUCACGUGUUGUGUGCUUACCUGCUUUUAGCUUUAUUCAACUUUGUAGCAGCUAUUUUGUGAAGUGAGGUGGUUUGAGACCCACCAGCAUCCCUCAGUGACCCCAUUGCAGACAUUUUUCAACUCAAACGUCUUUAAGUAUUUAAGAUACUCGAUAUCGAAAGGGACUGUUUGCACCACACAAGAACAUGAGGUGCAUUCACGGACAUUGGGUCAUUACUGUAGCGAGCCACCAGUUUGUUUUCCGUGCUUCAGUCCACCUGCACAGAUGAAUGUUUUGAAUGUGUUUUGAUACAAUAUAUGAAAAAGCAACAGACUAUCUGACAUGAGUCGUCCAUUCUGGUUCCUGAUGCUGUGACGUCCACCGAAGCAGCGUCGUUUUUAAUGACCUUUCUUUUGUGUAACACUUGAUUGUUUAGCUGUUAAUAAUGCAUUUCACAGGGCAAAUGGAACGUGUUUACAUGUAUGAUGUACACAGAACUCACCACAAGUGCAGCCCAUCAUGUUUGUAUAUCUGCUAUGUACCGCAUAUGAAACUGUUGUUGGUUUUGAUGUUCAUUUCUUUGCUUUAUGGCAUUGGUGAACAGUGUUUUUUUAACUGUUGUGUUUUUCACAAGUGUAACUCGAGACAAUUAAAACCUUACUGACCAAAUCAUUUGUAUGCAGGCUUCAUUUCAAAGGGAAAUUGACUUCUUCACUUGUAAAACUGGUUUAUGUGGCCUACCCAGUAGCGCACUGGAGGCUGGAAUGUCGAGGGGGGAGCGGAUAAAUAUAUUCAAAAUAUAUACAAUGUCUUUAGAGUACAGAUAUUCUUAGAAACAUCAUUUCAUUUUCCAACCGGUUGUCUGAAUGAACUUGGAUAAAAGAACACAUUUUAGAGGAGAUUCUUGAGCUGGAGCCUACCCUAACAACUUUGAACAUCAAUCAAGGGACAGCCAUGAACGCAGCAAGUCUGGCUACACUGAACAAAAUAAGUCGUUUACUGAAGUUUAUCACACAAAAUGAAUAGAGACAACUUUCGACUCACCUCUGAGGUUUGUUUUCCAGAGAUGAUCAUCUCGUUGUUUGUUGUGCGGGUGACGGGCCGUUUGCUAGCGUGAAUGACCAGAAGUCGAAAUAGACGUAGCAGUCAUCACAUUUGCUAGCGUGAAUGACCAGAAGUCGAAAUAGACGUAGUGUCAUCAAAACGCAUUCACACACAACAUCAGAGUUUUGGUGAAGAGAGAUGAGAUGAAAGAGCGGAAAAUACUGGAUAAAUAUUUGUGGCAUUGAGGGAGGACAAAAUGACGUAAAUAUUAUUCAAGGCACACAGCAUUGGUGCAUUCAAGAACCCAAAACAACAAACAACACAAUGUCAACAUGUAAAAACUAGGCUAGAAGUAUAUUAUAAUUAUUUAGAAAAUUGUAUAAUUUUGUUCCAAAAUUGAUGCAAACUUGAACUUUGAUGUGGUAAGUACAAACAUUUUUCUGGUUAUUUAUGAUCUGUGAUUUCCUCACACAUACCCAGUGGGAAAAAAAAUGCUAUUUGUUGCAAAGAUUCUGUCCAGUGGCGAUAAAUUGAAGGUUCCCCCAAUUUUUCGAGCUUUUUUGAAGAAAAGUAUAGGGAUGAAAACAAUUUUCACUAUUAAUACCAUCAGAAGAUGUCCAAAUGCUAAAAAAGAAAAGUUGAGCCCCUUUUUCUCCCAGCAAAUCAUAUUUUAAGACAAUAACAGGAGUCAACAGCUUGUUUUGCAUCCAUUUCCACUCGUUUGUCGCCUUGUCAACAACACUUAUUUGGCGUAUCAAGACGUUUCAAGACCACCCAUGCUGGGAAUCACACCGUUUACCGUCAAACAUUGCUGGCUGUCACACCACUGUUAGGAAAAUGUGUUUACGAGAAGCAUACCUCAGUUCUCUCCAGGGAAAACAGUCUGAAUAGCAGUCAUGAAGAGUCUUGUGACUAUUC